CGAUCUCUUGGUAGAAAAACAAAUACCAUUCUCACUUGUCCAGAUGACUACUGUUACUACUGGCGAGCUCUUAGAGCUUGCUGAAAAGAAUGUGAAACUGGCAGUUGUGGAGGAUAUGGCUGAACAAUUUGAAGAGGCCUAUAAGCUUUAUAUGAAGGCAUUAGAGUAUGCGGGCAUUUAUCUCUUCUAUGAGAACAAUCCAUGGCUUAAGAAGCAGAAUAGGCAGUCAUUUUUGGGCCAUUAUAGAAGGGCAACAAAAAUAAGAGGCCGUCAUCACUUACAUGGACCCUCUUUAUCUAAAAGAGCAGAAAGCGGGCUUGGUCUUACAGAGUCGAAUGCGAAGUUGAGUGAUGUGGGCGGACUUCAGGCUUGCAAAGAUGUAUUGGUUGAAGCUGCCAUAGUGCCUAUCCAGAAUCCUCAAUUUUUUACUGGAAAACGACAACCGUGGAAGGCUAUAUUACUAUAUGGUCCACCUGGAACAGGGAAGACCUAUCUAGCAAAUGCAAUUGCAACAGAAACAGGGUCAACUUUCUUUAGUGUUUCCGCAUCAGACAUUGUUUCCAAAUGGAUGGGAGAAAGUGAAAAGCAAGUCUCAAUUCUUUUCCAACGGGCCCGUGAUGCUGCUCCAUCCAUUAUUUUUAUUGAUGAAAUUGAUUCCUUAUGUGGUUCACGAGGUGAGAACGAUGAGAAUGAAGCAUCUCGACGAAUCAAAACAGAACUUCUUGUACAAAUGCAGGGUGUAUGCAACGAUGAGACAAAUGUUCUGGUUCUUGCAGCCACAAAUACUCCUUAUGCUUUGGAUCAGGCCAUGAGGAGGCGUUUUGACAAGCGAAUCUAUGUCCCUCUCCCAGAUUUGAAGGCAAGGGAACACAUAUUUAAGGUUCAUAUUGGGGACACUCCUCAUAACCUUACUGAAACUGAUUUUGAGCAUUUAGCUCGCAGAACACAAGGUUUCUCUGGUUCAGAUAUAUUCUAUUGUGUUAAAGAUGCACUAUAUCAGCCUGUUCGUGCAACUCUUAAUGCUCAAUUCUUCAGAAAAACCUCUAAAGGCAAGUGGGUCCCUUGCAAACGGACUCGACAAGGAGCUACUGAGAUUACCUUGCAGGAACUUAAUGCACAAGGCCUAGCUUUAAAGAUCCAGCUACCACCCAACACAAGAGCAGAUUUUGAUAAAAUGCUUGCUAGACAAAAGCCAACUGUAAGUGAAGCUGACCUUAAAGUGCAUAAGAGAUUCAACAAGGAGUUUGGCAAUGAAGGUUGAAAGAUGUAGAGGCACAUAUUAUUAUUAGUUUCUUCAUAUUGUGUUUAUAUAUAUAUAUAUAUAUAUAUAUAUUUUUUUUUUUUUUUU